AUGCCCUCCCAACUAGGUUGGAUCUGGCCUAAAGAUCCACGCCCCGGCAACCCACAACACUGGCCACGCCGCUGGCGCUUCUUUGAUGUCCUAACAGGCAAAGGGCCAGACAUCUACGUGGGCCGAAUCGGCCAACCCAAAGCCAAGACCAGAAAGUCAUCCUCUCAACCCCGGUCAGAGCCCACAAGACAAGAAUGGUCCCGAUGGGAGAGCAACCCCAACGACCCUGACUCGAACUACAGCCCGCUCCCCUGGGCGCGGCGGCCCGUGGGCGACCGCUAUGAUUUCCGCACGAGGAAGUAUCAUACCCCGGACCAUGGGACGUGGAGUGCUGUUGAGUAUUGCAAUGGAAGAAGGGCUCGAAGGGGGGAAUGGACCGGGAAGGAGGAAGUUCAUUGUAUUCCGAGGCGAUACUGGGAUCGAAAUGGGGCUGAGUAUCCAGCGGAAUUUUGGCAUGACAAUAUUCAUGGGAAGCAUGCAGAUUGA